AUGCAGUUCUCCAUUAUCGCCAUGCUUGCCAUCAUUGGCUUUGCUGUCGCCAACCCAGUCGACAUCGUCGCUCGUGAUGGUGAUGUCCUGAUCAAGCGCCAAUGCCCACAGAACUGCGCAGCCCAAGGUCUCUGCUGCCGAGUCGGACCAAACAACUUCAACUCUUGCGCCGGCUGCUAG